AUGGCCUCACCAGCCAAGAAAAGAAAUAGGUCACAAUCUAGAGGUACAAGGUAUGUCAAAUCAUUUUUUAAAUUUUUUAAAUUUUUAAAUAUAUACCUCAAUUUGGAAUCAAAAGAGUGCCUUCUGUCAUGUUAUUAUGUUAGUUCCCUCAGGUCUCCAAGGAGAUCCCUGGUUUCACCUAAGGACAGGGGACCAAGGCUUAAUAAGUGCAAUGCAUGUGACGAUGAGGCGGCAGAAUGGAAACGGCUUUGCAUAGCCUUCAUGAAACUGGUUGCUGAUCCACCAGUAGCUCAUCCUGUAAUGGCCAAUCCAGCUGAUGUGAUUUCCAUCAUCAAACAGGCUGUGGCAGAAGGUGCUAAGGAAGCCACUCAGUCUGCCAGGUAUUCUAAGCCUACAAGGAGAAAGAUCUCUGACAGUGAGAGCUCUAUGGAGGACUCCUAUGAGAUGAGUCAUUUUCCUACAGAAUACCCAGUCAUCUUAUGA